UUUACCCGAGUUGGAACAUUUGAAAAACGCCUAGCCGCGACAUUAACUAACAAUACGUUUAAAACUGCGAUCCCUUCAACAAGUAGAAAACAACUCGCCAGUUGGAGUUGAAUUCACGCAUCAUUCAGAAAACAAUUAGCAGAUAAUGGGCAAAAAGAAAGAAUACAACUUGUCUGAAAUCGAUCCCAAACAAGCCGAGGACGCUAGCACCGACAAAAAAGAAUCGUUCACUGUGCAAGAAUACGAUGCGAUUGUAAAUGACGGGGUAACUGACCAACCAUGUAAACAACCAGCUUCAGAUGACGGCCACAAAGGCCACACAGAAAACGAUAGUUCGGGCGACGCCGACCAAACAGACGGAGAAGAAGAAAACGAAACGAUCCCAAAACAAACUGAUUGUGAAGCCGAAAAAAAUGUUGAACUUCAAGUAAUAAAUGGUUCCCAAGACAAGCCCACAGAUAACUCGGAUAAUACUGCGACCACCGAGAAGCAAAUACAAACUUCAAAGGCCGAGGAGAAAUACACGACUAUUGAUUUAGAAGAAACCAAGCAUGCACCAGAUCCUUGUAAAACAAAACCAGUUGCUUUCUGGCUCAGAAAGAAUCUGUUUUUGAUAAUUGGCAUAUCUUUUGUCAUCGCACUUAUUGCAAUCAUUUCAAUAGCUGCGACAUCACGGAGAGGAUUAUCCAACGACGAGGAGGAAUUAAUUGCACGCAAAGCAAAUAUUGCCGGAUUCAAACCUGCAACAGAUGAGAAUACAAACAAUACAGAUAACUUUUCAGAAAUCGACAGUACAACACCAACCUUUGCAUCUACAGAAAGUGAUAUUGGAAACCCACCUUGGACAACCGUUCAUAACACCAAAGCAAGCCAUGACGCUUCAACUAUUGGAAAUAUUACGGAAGUUACGAAAGACGAGGUUGAAGACGACGACUACAAUUACGAUGAUGGUUUGGUGGAUGCCAAUAAUUUUACAAAGCCGGAUUCUGGAGUUGUAAUCUAAAAAUAUUUACACAUUUCAGUUGUCAUGCUGAAUUUAUAAUUGAAGACGUCGGAAAAACGUCUGCUCAUCAAUUAUUGUACGUCUGAAUAAAAUACUUUUGCACGUUU